UCCUUGUCUACAGAGACGUCAGCAGCUCGUCUAGAGUCCCGUCUUUCGCAUUACGCGUUUGUCCUAUCUAUCUGAAUUACCGGAGUAAUUAACCAGACCUCACGUUUUGACAGAUCGAAAGAUAUAACCCGUGAAGAUUGUCUCAUUGGAAAUAAUAACUCUAAUUCGCAAAAAUGAAUAGACUUUUCGGACGUGGCAAGCCUAAAGAACCACCACCUAGCAUCACCGACUGCAUUGCAGGGGUUGACAGUAGGGCGGACUCUGCAGAGAAGAAGAUAGCCAGAUUAGAUGCGGAGCUGAAAAAGUACAAAGAUCAGAUGCUCAAGAUGAGAGAUGGACCAGCUAAGAACGCGGUGAAGGCUAAGGCGCUACGUGUACUGAAACAGCGGAAAAUGUAUGAAGCCCAAGUAGACAAUCUGCGCCAGCAGGCAUUUAACAUGGAGCAAGCCAACUAUGCCACUCAAACGUUAAAAGAUACCCAGGCAACUGUAGUCGCUAUGAAAGACGGUGUCAAACAAAUGCAAAAGGAAUUCAAAAAUAUCAAUAUUGAUCAAAUUGAAGAUUUACAAGAUGAUUUGGCAGAUAUGUUAGAACAAGCUGAUGAAGUUCAAGAAGCAAUGGGUCGUAGUUAUGGGAUGCCAGAAAUUGAUGAUGAUGAGCUUGCAGCAGAACUGGAGGCUCUUGGUGAUGACCUUGCUUUGGAUGAAGAUACUAGUUUCUUAGAUGAUGCUAUUAAAGCACCUAGUGCUCCAGAUAAAGAACCUGGAGCAGCUUCUGUCAAAAAUAAGGAUGGCGUUCCAGUGGACGAGUUUGGCUUGCCACAAAUACCUGCUAGCUAAGAGCA